CAAGAGGUCUUUGAACCUUUUUAAUGUUUAUAAAAUGAACCGCAGAGACAGACAUUCACUUAACAAGAGGGGGAGGAGGGAGAAGUCAUUAUCCUCCUCAUGGAAAUUGAAAGUGAAAGUUAAUAUAUAUAGAGGUGGAGGGAAGGACAGACUGCAGUCAGCACACUAGCCACCAGCUCCGCUCACGACAGAUGCUCCUAAACGAGGUUUGUUAAAGGCUGAGACGAGUGAGUUAUGGACAGAGACUUGAAGCACAGAGGGGGCAGUCCGGCUGAGGCGAGGCAACGUAAAGUGGUCAUCAGAGGAGAUCCGAGCCCUCCAUGUCUCACACCAGCCAGACAGAGGCAGAAAGUUCAGCUGCAACAACAAUCAUCAACAACAGAGGAGGGAUCCGUGGUGGAUGAGGAGUCGGCCUCCAUCUCCCCAGAGCUGGCCAGCUGGAUCAAGCUCAGUGCUAAAGACCUCAAAAUCCGGCAGGCAGACCGCUGCUGGGCUGCCGAGGUGGUCAAGGAUUUCCGAGAAAACCUGCUGAAAUUCCUGAGGAGCAGCAGUGAUCAGCCUUUUUUCCAGUCAGCUGACUUCCUCAACACAGGCAGCUACUUUGAGAAAGUUAAGAUUCACAGCCCCGAUGAGUUCGACAUGAUGCUGAAGCUUAAGGCUCCUUCACGCUUCAAUAUGAAGCAGCUCGACGAUGGCCUUUUCUACCAGAUAGAACUUAACCGGCCCACUCGGAGCCCCAUACAAGCCUUUCUCUUGGAGAAUGAGCACACCCUCUCAUCAAGCAAGGUCCUGAGUGAGAUGCAUCGCCUGGUCCGCAAGUUCCUCAAGACCUACAAAGGGAACGAUGAACAGUGUCGCUGGGAGAUGAACAGGAAGCGUCUGAACUCGCCAGCUGUGACUUUGUCUCUGUGCAGAACCGAGAACAGUGACGAGCUUAUCUCUGUGGACGUGGUUCCCGCUCUGGAGGUCCACCCCUCUCAGGGCUGGCCGCUCGCAGUCCGUAACGGCCCAGAUGUGGACAACUGGCUGGGGAAGAAGGUUCGUCAAGAGAUCAAACAACUGCCCUGUUUCUUUGUACCAAAGAGGCUCAAAGGACGAAACCUCAGUGAGGAAGCCAAAGAGAGCUGGAGGAUUUCUUUCUCUCUCAUUGAGAAGAAGAUCAUCACGUGUCACGGCAACACGAAAACCUGCUGUGAGAGUAACGCCACCAAAUGCUGCCGUAAGCAGUGCUUAAUGCUCCUCAAAUCUCUGAUCGAGGGUCUGAAACAACGUUUUCCCAAAGAGCUCAAUGACCUCUGCUCAUACCACGGGAAGACCGUCUUCCUCCACACACUGUCCAUCAGGUUCAACGACUCCAUGUGGGCUUGUCAACAGCUCCCUGCCUGCUUCCUGCACCUCCUCGGGGCUCUGCAGGACCAUGCACAAAGAGGCUCCCUCCCUCACUUCUUCGUCCCAAAGUGCAACCUCUUCUCCCCGGCCAUCUUCCCCCGCAAGGCUCUGGCUUUCCUCGUUAGUGCCCUGGAGGAGCAGAAAAGAGAAGGCCUGCCCCUGCUGAAGCCUCCAGCUCCUGUCUCACCACUGAAACCAAUGACCCCUUACUCCGAACCGUCGUCUCUGCUGACUGCAGUUCAGCCUGUGGAUGCUACGUUCAAGAGUAAACUAGUCCUGGUGUUUGCUGUAGCUCUGGUUUGUGUCCUGUUUCUUAUGUGAGCAAUGGGAAAUGAGGAUACUCACUCACUCUUUCCAGAAUCAAUAAAUUAGGUGGAACAGGAAAUGAAGUGCAUUAUUCAUUUAUUUCCCUCAUGAAGCAGAUGAGCUUGUAUGCUUUGAGCCAGCUGAGAUGUGACCUGUGCAGCACAGUUUUAUAAAUGUCCAUAAGGGUUUGGAUAAAAAGUGAUGAUGACUAUUUUAUUUAUUUUAUUCUAAUUCCAAAUUCCAAUUCCAAUGUUUUGUUAUUUUUUCAUUCCCUCUUUCAGAUCAGCAGCAAUCUGACAUCAUCGCAUCCAUAUUGUAUGCAUUUUUUAUCAAUGUUGUAUUGUGUGUAUUUGGUUCUAUUACGUUUAUUUAUUUAUUGAAAUGUGAUUUAGUAGUGCAUUACCUUGCUGCAAAUCUCUGUACUAAAAGCUUUUAUAAAAUAAUGGAGUGUAUUAAUAGUUUUCCCUAGUUAAUUAAAGAUCUUACACAAAGCUCAGUACCUUGUAUUUUUGGUGUAAAAGGGAAUAAAGAGAAUUAAAGACACUUUACAUUUACACUGGAAAAUGUAAUAUAUAUAUUUUUUUGUUUGAAACAUGUUUGAAGUGAGUUUGAUUAUCAGAAGUAUUGCUGCUUAAUUUUCUGCUAAUUGAUCAAACAGAGGUGGGGCCAGAUAGGUGGUCAUGAGUAGCUGAUUGGCCUUUCUGAGUCAAAAGUUGAUAAGGUAGUUGGGCUGUUAGUAUCAGUGCCUCUGUAUGGAGAGACUGUUAACAUUACUUGUUGCAAAAUCUAUCAAAGGACCACAAAGAGGACAGUGUCUCUUUUAGUCUGGGUGUCUCAC